UUGCACAAUAUUUGAAAACAGCUGAUUAGUCGCUUACUGAAUAUCGCCCAAAAGUUAAAAAGUUGCUUCCAAUUUUGUAAAAAUAUUUUGUUUUGUUAAACAAAGUUAUAUUCUACUUAUAAAAUGAAUGAGACUGAUAGCUGCGAAGAGGAUAAUACUUUCUACUUUGAAAGUGAUCAUCUAGCUUUACGUGGUAAUGCCGAUUAUACAAAUAUGCUGCGCACUAUAGCCGUGCUGGAGGUGCAAAGAAUGCGUGUGCAUAAACAGCUAGAGGAAUUGGAAUUGGCGAAACAACGCUAUUUAAAUGAUCCAGCGUUACUGCUGCAAAAACUACGCAAUAAUGAGCAAAUUAUUGCGCCCAACUAUAUGACUAUUGAGAAGAUACCAGAAAUUACCACCAAUCUGGACUUGCUACCACCUGUAGAUAUCAAGAUCAAAGAAGAACCUGAUUCUGAUACAAAACCGGCAACAGUGCGUGGACGCAUUGUAGACCAGUCUAAGCCAGAGACAUUUAAUCAGUUGUGGUCGUGCGAAGAACAACGUCGUCUCGAGGAGCUGCUUAUCGAAUAUCCCGCUGAAGCGAUCGAAAGCCGUCGUUAUGUAAAAAUUGCUAAGGCUUUGGGCAAUCGUACACCACAACAAGUGUGUAGUCGUGUGCAAAAAUAUUUUCAAAAAUUACACGAUGCCGGUUUACCCAUACCUGGACGACGGCCGAAAAAUCGUCGUGGUGGUCAAUCGAAAGCGAAACAUUUCUUUCGACCAACCACAUUUUUCCCUGCCUUUAAUGUGCCUGUACACAUGCCGGAAGAUGACUUUCUAUUAGGUGAAUUACCCACCGUGGCUUCGCCUUUGCCAAACGACACGCGUAAGAUUUCAACGGAAACGCCAACGGAAGAUGCAUUUGCGAGUGGUAUUGACUUGCAAAGUGAUGACGAUCGUGAGCGUAUGUUGAAAAUAUUAUCAAUAAUAAAGGAGGAGAAGUUGAAAACUCCCGAAGGUUACAAUCCAGAUCCAUUAGCUGCCAUGUGUGAAACAUGUCGCGUUAGUGCUAUUUCACGUUUACGUUGGCGUUGCAAUACCUGUUAUAUAUAUCUGAAUCAAUGUUCCGAUUGUAUUGUGAGCCAAUUGUUGGCGCAAAACUUCGAACAUCUGACACACGAUGUAGUGACGGAGAGUGAUUUGUAGCAGUUAGAUAAUUUUCGCAAAUAAUGAUUGUUUGAAAUUACUUUCGCUUUAAGUUAAAAUCCAAUUUGAGAAUAACAUAACUAAUUAAGGAAUUUAUAUACGCUUUCAAGAUAUAUAAUAUACAUUUAAGCAAUUCUAUAGACUACAUAGGCGCUCAGGUGAGGCUUUAACAUAUUAUUUUCAACUUUUUUUAAUAAAUUCUAUUUAUAUUUAAUUAGUUGCACAUAUUACAAGAUCAAGGCGCACUAAAGUUUAUAUUUUUAUAUUUUUAUUUAUUUAUUAUUUACUUGUAGCCUUCAAAGCCACAUGCAAUUUAAAAAAUAUCCACAAUUUUCUUCACACCAAUCAAGUUUAUUCAAGCAAAUGCACUCAUACACAUUUUAAUUCAUCAAUCCAUUCAAUAUCUGUAUAGCUCUUCGAUAAUUGCAAAUUUAUUUCAAACGCAAGUACUAUUGAAGACUGGUAAGUGAAAAAUUUUCUUCAUAAGUACAUACUUUAUCAGUAUAGCUGUACUAAUAGUUGAGGUUCUGUUGUCACUUUUUCCAUUGAAUUAAGAUAAGAUAAUUGACUGUAUAUUUACUAAUGAACGAUAACCUUUGAAUUUUUAUUGUUAUGCAUUUUGUUUCUAAUUUUUUUUUUAUCGGCUACAUACUACUCGUCAUUAUAUACA